AAAAACAUACCUCACAGUAAUCUCUGACACAGUUAAGCUAAAGCAUUAAGAGGGAGAGUAACGAUAACAGGUUUGAUCUUCAUCAUAACAGAACUGGUCACCUCUGAAAUGUCUAAUGAAGAACAGCUGAGCUGUCCUUUCAAAAAACUAUGCACAGACCUGCUGAAGGAGCUUGGAACAUCAGAUAAUAAUUUACAAGCCACAGAGACACGACUCAAAGCUCUUGAAAACUCUGUGCAAGAGCUGAUGUCCAGACUUGCUAAGAGUGAAGCUGAGAUUGAGAAAAUCCAAAUGGAAAACAGAGACAGAACAAAAGUGGCAUUUUCAGCUUCAAUCGGGCCCGUUCGUUUCUUAGGACCAUGCAACACAGAUGUAACACUAGUUUACAAGAAUGUCAUCAUGAAUGUUGGUAAUGCCUACAACAAUGCCACAGGGAUUUUCACAGCACCGGUCCGGGGAAUAUACUAUUUCAGCUUCUUCUACCAUUGUAUGGCUGAUCAGCCGACGCUGUUGGCCUUGUAUAGAAAUGGAAAUCAAGUAGCAAUGACAAAACAUCACAAGAGUAGCUGUAACACAGAGAAUGGAGGCAAUGGUGUAACACUGCUGUUAGAGAAAGGAGAACAGGUUUAUAUUGUGCUCCGGAAGGACACAAGAGUCUGGGAUGAGGCAAAUGCCAUAACUGUGUUUAGUGGUUUUCUAAUCAAUGUCAUGUGAAUAAAAUACACCCUCGGAAUAAACAUAACAGCUAUGCAAUGUU